ACGCCAGCGCGCCACGUGACCGCGCACCAAGUCGAUCGUCAACGCCAACCCUUUCGCGUAUCCCAUGUAAUUCAGUAGAUUCAGUGCGGUGUAUGAACGAUAAGUGUGAGGAUCGCGAUCGUGGUCAAUUUUCCAUUAUACAACUUCCUUGGUCACGAGUCUGAGUCUGGAUAGAGUGUAUAAAAAGAGAAAAAGAGAGAGAGAGAGAAUGGCAUCGAGACGGCUGUAAGAGCCGUCUAUUGUGGGACAAUUGAGGAAAACGAAACGAAAAAAAAAACGAGUAAGAAUGCGCGCUGUAAUGUCAAUCUCUCUGGUGCUAGUCGCGUGCUUUUGGUGAGCGCGACAUUCGGUUAGUAUCAUUCCGCGCGAUGCAAUCCAUCUAUUGGACUGGACGACUGCUGUCGCGCGCGCUCUGGAACGGCAUCGCGAGCUGUAGCACCUCGUGCGGCACCGAGCAGCAACCGAACGCGAUCGUCGCGAGCAGCAGCAGCAGACGCCGCGAGGCCUCGUUCAUCUCUGCCGUGUGUGGCUUCCCGAAGGAGCUUGCCCGAAGCCGAAUACGCAAGGGUCAAUUCGGCGACGACGCCUGGUUCACCGCCAAAUUCAGGACGGCCGAAGUCAUAGGUGUAGCUGAUGGUGUUGGAGGAUGGCGACACUAUGGAAUUGAUCCAGGAGAAUUUUCUAAUUUUCUGAUGAGGACUUGUGAGAGGCUGGUCUCUAUGGGUAGAUUCAGACCUACAGAACCAGCCGGCUUAUUAGCACGUAGUUAUUAUGAAUUAUUAGAAAAUAAACAACCAAUACUAGGUAGCAGCACAGCAUGUGUAAUAGUCCUCAAUAAAGAGACAAGCAGCAUUUAUGCUGCUAAUAUAGGAGAUAGCGGCUUUGUAGUUGUACGAAGGGGAGAAGUGGUGCAUCGCUCCUCGGAGCAACAACAUUACUUUAACACUCCCUUCCAAUUGUCGCUUCCUCCUCCAGGACACUCUGAUAUGGUACUUCGCGACAGUCCAGAAUCUGCUGACACUUCGAGUUUCGGCGUUGAGGAUGGCGAUGUAAUCCUUUUGGCAACCGACGGAGUAUUUGAUAAUGUGCCUGACCAGUUGCUAGUCACCGAGAUGCAGAAAAUCGAGGGCGAAAGGGACCCGACAAAGAUACAGUGUGUCGCUAACACGAUAGCGUGGAUGGCACGUCGUUUGGCCUUUGAUGACGCCUUCAUGUCUCCGUUUGCUCAAAGUGCCCGAGAGAAUGGAAUUGAUGCAAUAGGUGGUAAACCAGACGACAUCACGGUGCUUUUAGCAACGGUGGCGAUAUGAUAAAACAAUAAACAACAAGUGUACAAUAGAGCUCCGAUAAUCAUUGUAUUAUAGUCCAUGUCAUUGCGUAUAUGUAUUUAGUUAUACAUCAUUAUAUCAAUCCUUUAUAUUAUAUAUAUACAUAUAUAUAUAUAUACAUAUCUUUAUAUGUAUGUAUGUGUAUGUAUAUACGUAUAUAUAAUUUUAAUCAUUUAUUAUUUAAAUCGAAAUAAAUGGUUUUAUAAAAUCA